CUGAGGGGUGGUGAGAUGAUUAAUGGGAGAGGAAAGACGGAAAAAAUAUACUAUGCAUACUUAGAUGGAUCUGAGUCAGAUAUGAUCUUUCAGUUAAGUCAGAAACAUAUUUCUCCAGUCCAGUAGAGUUCGCUGUUCGCUUCCUCCGCUUCGCUCUGCAGGAAGCGAACAGUCAUCGACGCGGAACCCAUCGUAAAGUCUGUUUACUGUUGUUCAGCGCCUCCCGGUUAUCUGUUCUCUGGAAGGCUGAAAGUGCACAGAAAAGGAGAAAAUGUGCGCCGUGCAGCUGCUGCGGGUGUCGGUACAUGAGCGGAUCAGCGCUGCCGCUGAAGACUUUCUGCUGCAGGUGGAAAAAGGAGAAGAAACGGCAGAAAUCCCGCUGAGAGCGCUGCUCACCGAGCGGCUAACGGCGGCUGCGGAGGAGAUCGUCGGUCUGUUGGAGGAAACCGUGGCGGAGUACGAAGACAGAGUGGAGCGGUCAGAGCGGGAGAUCUGCCGCCAGAGGAGGCUGCUCGAUGCCGUGCUGAAGCCCGAAGUUAAGCUGCUCAGAGCAGACGUCCAGCAGCUGUCGGAGAGUAUAGAAGAGGUUCCUGAGCAGCAGGACUGGAGCUCCAAUGUGGACCCAGAGCCCCCACACAUCAAAGAGGAACAGAAAGAACUCUGGACCAGUCAGGAGGGAGAGCAGCUUCAAGGGCUGGAGGAGGCUGAUAUCACCAAGUUCACAUUCACUCUUGUCCCUGUGAAGACUGAAGACGAUGAAGAGAAACCUCAGUCCUCACAGCUUCAUCAAAGCCAAACUGAACAGAUGGAAACAGAAGCCGAUGAAGAGGACUGUGGAGGAUCAGAACCAGAUCCAGAUAGACAUUUACAACCAGUUAGUGAUGACAGUUCUCUGUACUCCUCUGAGACUGCGACUGAAGACAGCGAUGAUGAAUGGAAGGAGACACAUCGGUCAGGUUUAGACUCUAUCAGGAGUGAUGAAGUUCCUGAUAGUGCAGGUGAGAAACCAUUUAGCUGCUCUGAGUGCGGUAAAACAUUCAGCUACAGCUACCUUCAAAAGAGACACAUGAGAACUCACACGGGAGAGAAACCGUUUGUUUGCUCAUAUUGUGGUAAAAGAUUUACACAGAAGUGGAAUAUGAUCUACCACAUGGGGCGCCACACAGGGGAGAAACCAUUCAAUUGCAGUGUUUGUGACAGAAGUUUCACUUGGCUCUCAGGGGUGAAAAGACACAAGUGUGAAACAGAAGCUGAUGGGAAGGACUGUGGAGGACCAGCUAGAAACUUAGUCCCAGAUAGACAUUUACAAGCUGGUACUAACGACAAGGCUGCAGACUCUUCAUUUAGCGACAUCACAUUUGGUAAAAUGGUGAAACACAUAAAACGUCAGGCAGCAGAAAAGACUUUCAGCUGUUCGAUUUGUGAGAAAGCUUUUUCGUGGAGUGACAGUUUACACAAACACAUGAAAAUCCACACAGGAGAGAAACCGUUCAGCUGCUGGGUGUGCAGUAAAGGUUUUAUUCAAAAAGGAAAUCUGCAAGUACACAUGAGAACUCACACAGGAGAGAAACCGUUCAGCUGCUCGGUUUGUCAUAAAGGAUUCGCUCAGCGUGCGCAUUUACUGGAUCACAUGAGAUGUCAUACGGGAGAAAAACCUUUCAGCUGCUCAGUUUGUAAGAAACAUUUUAGAUGUAGAGGAGGUGUCGGGAGACACAUGAAAACCCACACGCGGAGACGCCAUUCAGCCGCGGCGUUCACGGGAUAAAUACAAACCGUGGAUUCAUGAUCCAUGUUGUUGUCAGGUGGUCAGACGUCACAUGAUUCUGCAUCAGACAGCAGUUAUCAAUGUGAUCAAUGUAAUGACUUAAAUAUGUGAACUGGUCAAGAUCCAACAGCUGGUGUGAAAGCAUUUGCAAAAGUAGAUGAACAGAUUGACAGUUUUUUUUGUCAGUUCUGAAUAGCAGUGCUUUUAUUUUAUAUA